GCCUGUAGUUCCUGUUCGACCUGGCCUUGAACCCCUCGGCGCCAUGCACACCGCAGUGAGAGCGAGAUAGGCAAAACGUCCUGGUACAGCUACCUUGUCGCGCCCCUUUCACUCGGGUUUUGUACUGUAGCCUCUUGCCGUACAUGUACAGGACAGUGGAUUUUCGCCAUUUGUUUUGCGUCUGGGCCCAGAACGGCUGCGUGCUCGACGUGUUGUUUCCGCCGCCGACUAAGGUCGGAAUCGCCGUUUCUCUGAUCCCUGCGGCCAAAUUAAUGAUAAUCGCCAAUGAUCGAUGUCAACUGCGUCCACCACCUACGCGUUGCCCGUCAAGACGGCGUUCCUGCGAGAAUCUCAGCAUGAUCGCCGGAGCAUGUUCUCUCCAGUCACGUCGUCACCCUCGGGUCCGCUACAGGCAGAUGAUUUAUUGUCGGGCACCGCGCAUCCCGCGUUAGCGCACGCUGAGUCCCACCCUGCGCGAAGGGCGUCGACGAUGAACAACGUCUUGGCUACGGAGGCGGGUAGGUCCUGGGAGUCCAAGACCAUAGGACCUGUGCCUUCGAUGAAGGACAAGAGGCGUGCCAGAGGUCAAUCCGAUCUUGGGCGGAAGGCCAUCGCUCUGAUCCAGACGAGCUUCGGCAGCCCAAAGAGUCCGAGGACGCCUCUCUCUGCAAAGCCGAACACCUUCUUUGACGAAAUCUUCAAUGGCAUUCUCCUGCCUCUGCCUUUCCUUGCAGCGUCGCUCGCAUUCCCCUCACAGCACUCGCCAUUCGCCGGGCCUGCAAGAUCUCCAAAUUCUCGUGUGUUAGAUACGGCAGAGGUACUUGAAGAUAUACAUAGACACCAGCAUUUUGUACAGGCUGGGGCUCUCUCAGCGGCAGCAUUGUUACUCAUUGGUAUCAUUGCCCGGCUUCGUCUUUCAGAUGUCGGGCUUGACAGGCGAAAAGAUGGAUCAUCUGCGAAGAAUCGCGCCUCGCGAAGCCAAUCUGCCUUAUCCUACAUCAAAAAUUUCGUGGCGAGAAUGCUGAGCAUGGCACUGCCGUUUUACGCAGCCGUGCAGCUCGGUGGUGUUCGUGUUGCGUUUGUGCUCUUGGUUACCAUCGCGACUGGGCUAAGUAACUCGGGCGUCAACGCCAAAGCUGGCUUUGUAGCAAGGCUUCAGGCCCGGCGCUCAGCUAUUGCAUUGCUUGGAGUGCUUGUAGGCGCGGACGUGGUGGGCUUGCUUGGUAGCUACACAGUGCUGGACCUGUCACUUGGCUACGCCGCGCUCUUUACUUCAGCUUUGGCCGUUCCACCCCCGAUACCGUACCUGGACCGCCUCCUAGGCAGGCACAUGCCCAUAUUCAGCUCCUCUGCCACUCCCGUACCUUUGGUGCCAACACCACCUGCUACACCACGCCUGUCGGGCUCGCCCCAGAAGGAAGCACCAAUUUCGAAGCUUGCGGAUGCAAACGCAAGCAUUGGAGCGGGCAUAGUGCUUGCGACACUGACUGCAGCCGCGUCGUUUUUGUUCUCAAUACGGCUGGAGCUCUCGCCAGUCCACUUCGGGUUCUCAAUUCUUGCACUGGUAACAAUUGCUGGACUAACAUUCUUUGCACUCCCAGUCACGAUAGGAGCGAGAGGCAAGCCUGGUCUAGCGGCAGGUCUGAUAUUGACCACUAUAUUUGCCUUCGUUCAGAGUCACCAAAUAUUUGGACUGACGGUGAUGCCCUUCGCCUUUGCAAUCUUUUGCGCCGCUGGCUAUUUUGUUGCGCUGGAGUUCACAGCGCCAGACUUUGGCCAUUUCAAGGAGCCUCGUUCAAAGCACGGGAAAAGAGACCAUUCGAUGUUAACGGAGUAUUUGCUUUCGUACUGCGCACCUGGGUCGAUGCUGGACACCAUUCUGAGCGAGCGCGACUCUCGGCGCAUCGCAUACUUCGCUUGCCUCAACCUUGCAUUCAUGCUUGUCCAGCUCUUCUACGGGUUUGUAACCGGAUCGCUUGGGCUUCUCACCGACAGCAUACACAUGCUCUUCGACUGCUUGGGCCUUGCGGUCGGUCUUGCCGCGGCCGUGAUGAGCAAGUGGCCUGCAUCUCUAGCUUUUCCGUACGGCCACGGCAAGGUCGACACGUUGUCCGGCUUUGCGAAUGGCAUAUUUCUCGUGCUGGUCAGCAUAGAGAUCAUUUUCGAUGCAGUGCAUCGCUUACACGAGGGCUACGAGCUCCGUCGUUUGAACGAACUCCUGACGGUCAGCAUAUUGGGAUUUCUCGUGAAUGUUGUGGGCUUGACAGUUUUUGGUCAUGCGCAUCAUGGACACGGGCAUGGCCAUAAUCAUUCGAAAAGCUGUUCCCAUACGAAUGCUCGUACGCAUCAUCAACACGAGCAUAAGCAAGGUGAGGAUCACAGGCACAACGAUCACAAUCACGAUCAUUUGCGUUGCAACGGAUAUGCAAAUCCCGGGGAGCUGCAACCUUCCCCAAUUCCAGAUCUUCCACCGACACCAUUCUCCAUACCUUCUCUUCCACCAUUGACUCCCAAUCCACCCUCGCCUGUCAAAUCUCUACAUGCACACAGCCAUGAGAAUGAGAACAUGCAGGGAAUAUUCCUGCAUAUUAUGGCUGAUGCGCUUGGCUCGGUGGCGGUGAUCUUCAGCACUCUGCUUACAAAGUACGAUGGGUGGUCUGGUUGGGAUCCGCUUGCGUCCUGCGGAAUUGCACUACUGAUCUUCUUCUCGGCCGUCCCACUUGUGAGGAGCAGCGGCAAGAAGUUGCUCUUAAGCCUCCCCAAUGAGGUCGAGUAUUCCUGUCGCGAUACAUUGCAGGGCCUAGGCGAGCUUCGAGGAGUGAUUGGAUAUGCUGGUGUGAGAUUAUGGCUGGAGGAUAUUGGAGACGAUAACCACAAGCAUCACGUCCACCAUCAGCAUCAUGACGAUAAGCCUGAACAUGAUCAUGAUCAUCGUGCAGAACCGUCUAAGAUUAAAGGUGUAAUUCAUGUCAUUGCGUCUCACGGCGUGGAUCUGGAAGAUGUAGCUGAGCGAGCGAACCUGUAUCUCAGAGGACGUGGGCUCGAUCUGAUCGUUCAUGUUGAAACAGAAGGCAGCAACUGCUGGUGCGGAGGUGGCACACGGACGGGCUAAUGGAUGGUUCUCAAGUGACCAUAUAUAGAGCGAUGACGACGACACUGUAUGACCAUAGCUUGUAUAUACCCACGCACAGUAGAAAAUUUAACAAUACGUUCUCG